CCAGCUUUAAUUGUACAGAAACGACCACCGCUGGUACGUGCUAUGUCGGCUCCUGUCCGCAGUAUUGAUGAUAAUUCCAAAAGUUCAUUUUUGGCAAAUAAUAAACGUAAAUCAAGACGUCGAAAAUUGAAUGCUCGCACCAUAACCUGUGAUCGUGACUUAUCAUCGCCCACGUCGACAAAUGUGAAUAAUUUGAAUUUCGAUUCAAAGGCGAAUAAGAAAAUUUUACAACGUUCAAGAUCCGUGGCACCGGAUGUUAUCACAUUGGUAUCGCUCAUAAGUUCAGAGGGUUCGGAUUCCGAGAAAGAAGAUUGUUGCUCCUCGACACCCAGUAAUUCGGAUUCGAAUAGUCCAACAAGAAGGGCGCCUUCACUACGCAAGGCGGGGAAAUCAGUAUCAUUUCAGGAAAACUACCCGCCAACAUUUCAGUUUGCCUCCAAGGAAUAUUCACAUAUGCUACGACGGGGUUCCAUAGCUCCAUUGGCAGCACGUAUUAAAUCAAAUCGACCACCGACAGCACCGCCUGGGUCCAUUUUUCAUACAACCACCACCAGCAACAACAACACGACCAAUAAAUCCUCCUCGAAGAAUAUGAAUGACGACAGGGACACAGAUGAUAAUAAUCCAGCUGAUGAAAACAAAAAUAAUGCCAACAUAAAUAAUCAAAAUUCAACACCUAACCUCAAAAAAUCAAAUGAUUUGGAAGAAGAAUCCCUAUAUCAAUAUCCGGAUUAUGUUCGCAGUAUUAAAGAACGUGAAUGUUGGAAACUUUUUCAAAAAAUGUCAGCCAAAGGUGUUAACAUAACCUAUGAUACCAUUUUGCGGGGUAUGUUGACGCCAACAGAAUUUCGCCAACUACAAAAACAACGUGAAAUGGAAGAGGCAAAGGCAUUGCUACGCGAAAGCGAACAAAUGACAAUAAUGUUAAAUGAAGAACAAGAGCAGAAAAUGAAAAAUAAUCGUAAAACCUCGCCGCUGGAAAGAAUUACUGAAAAUUUACCCAAGAACUGA